CGAAUUAUUUAUUGAUAAGAAUUUUUACGUAAAAAAAAAGAAGAAAAACACACAAGACACUACUUUCACUUUGGUGUUUUAUUUUCAAAAAAUUCUUUACUAUGGACCAGUGGAAGUUUACAAUAUUGAUUUAGUGCAAAAAUGAAUUCUCUCGGAUGGAGUAUUCUCUUCAAAAUGGGUUGCAUAUGUUCUAGGGAGACUGUUACAAUCAACAAUGUGAAGUACCAUGUUCGUGAAAUGAUCGAUGGAGGUGGAUUCAGUACAAUCUAUCUGGUGGAACACUUCGAAACGAAGAAGAAGUAUGCUUUGAAAAAAAUUAUUUGUCAUGGAUUAGAAGAUCAAAAAACAGCAUUACAAGAAGUCGAAUAUCAUAAUUUACUGAAGCAUCCUAAUAUUUUACCAUGUUUGGACCACAUUUUGACUGAUAAAGGAGCGGAUCCUGUGCUUCAUUCUGUAACUGUUGUAUACAUGCUGUUACCUUUCUAUCGAAAUGGAACAGUCGAUAAAGACCUAAAAAUACGAGAAAAAAUUGAUCAACAUAUGAGUCCGAUGGAUGUGAUGAAUUUAUUCAUUCAAGUAUGUGAAAGCAUCAAAGUGUUCCAUAAUUUUCGUCCUACGCCUCUGGCUCAUAGAGAUAUUAAACCUUCCAAUAUCCUCUUAGCACCUGACAAUACCCCAGUAGUUAUGGAUUUAGGAUCGACUGCUCCUGCGAUCGUAUUUAUUAAAAACAGUUCAGAAGCUCAAAAACUUCAAGACUAUGCUAGCACAAGAUGCACAAUUACAUAUCGCGCUCCAGAAUUGUUCAACGUUGAGGUUAACUCUACCAUUGAUCAAAGAACUGAUAUUUGGUCUUUAGGAUGUUUACUUUACGCACUAUGCUUUUACAAAUCACCAUUUGACUACAUCCACGAGAAAGGCGAUUCUGUGGCUUUAGCAGUAGUGAGUGGUCGUAUAACAUUUCCUGAGAAUUCGUCAUAUCCUGAGAGUUUUCAUAAUCUCAUUUUGAGCAUGCUGAAAUUGAAUCCUGAAGAGAGGCCAUUUAUAGAUGAAGUAAAAACUAAAGCUAAUGCAAUUCUGACUGAACUCGAGUCUUCUUAUGUCACUUGUUAAAUGCUGAUAUUUUUUUUUAAUGGCGGUACUGAAUAAAUUAAGGUAUUGUACCAUAACUCCCAAUAUUAUUGAUUAUUAUACGUAGGUAGAUUUUAAAAUUUGGAUGUUCAUAUUCCUUGAUUCUUGACCGGAUUUUCUCACCUAGGUGAGAAAGAUGGUUUGUUUUAGGUUGUGUUUUAUGCAUUAAUCGAAUAUAAUUAUUUGUUAUUAUAUGUCACAAAAUACAUUUAUUUACCUACCUUAUAUCAUUUUAUAAUAUGAUUUUUUUUUUACCAAUUAUGCGUAGAUAAUUUGACUUGUCGAAUUUUUUAUCCCUAUCAUUGUUGAGAAGAUGUCACUAUCAUUCUGUUGUUCUUGUUUUACUUUGUUCUGGUCUGUUGUUUUUAUUUUUGUUGAAAGUGUCAAUUUUAUAAUUCUGUUGGCCUUUUCGUUUUAUUUUAUUUUUGGAAUUGUAAUAAGUAUUGUUGACUGUUUUUGUAUCAAAUAAUAAUAAAAGAAACUGAUUAACACUA